GACGCGUUUGAUUCCUGCUCCGUCCAACUGGACUCGGCUCGGGCGGGUCCCACACUGAGAGAGUUGUCGGAAGAACAGAGAAUACUACUGGGACGAGGGUCUGGAACAGGAUCAAGGGAACGAAACACGGCGCUCGUGACUUUCACCCGGUGAUUUGGCCCGCUCAACGGUCUUGUGCAGUGUGGGUGGGGCGCCACUGCACGUCUGCCGCCAUGGCGCUCAACUCAGUGGUCACGUCGAACGCCAAGCGCUACCUGGAGACGAUGCUGCGCGACCUCAACUUCACGCUGGACGACUGGGCCAUCUACCGCGAGCUGACCGGCCAGAGCGGCGAGCUGGGCGGCCUCAGCGACCAGCUGUGGGCCGUCGACACCGGCGACGAGGACGAGCGAGCCAUCUGCGGCGAGCGCGGCCAGUGGCUGCGCGACUCGUACCGGCCCUGGCACGGCUACCUGGCGCUCUUCGUCUGCCUGUUCGGCUCGGUGGCCAACCUCUUCAACAUCGCCGUGCUGACGCGCAAGGAGAUGCGCUCGCCGACCAACGUCAUCCUGACGGGCCUGGCGGUGGCAGACCUGAUGGUGAUGGUCGAGUACAUCCCAUUCGCCUACCGCCGCCAUAUCAGCACCAUCAAGGACACGUUCAGCUACCCGGACACGCUGUACAUCCUGUUUCACGCCCACUUCGCGCAGGUGUUCCACACCAUCUCCAUCUGGAUGACGGUGAUGCUGGCCGUGUGGCGCUUCCUCUCCAUCGUGCACAUGCACACGGCGUCGCGCUGCUGCAGCAUGCGCAACUCCAUCUGCUGCAUCGUGGCCACGUACGUGCUGACACCCAUCAUCUGCAUCCCGUCCUACUUCACGUUCUCGCUGCGCGGCCACCCGACUCCCAGCGGCCAGGUGCUGUACCGGAUCGACAUCAGCAGCCUCGGCCGCGCGCACGGCGGCCUCCUGAGCCGCGUCAACUUCUGGCUCUUCGCCGUGGCCAUCAAGCUGGUGCCGUGCCUGGCGCUGACGUACUUCUCGGUGCGUCUGAUCGGCGUGCUGCUGGAGACGAAGCGCCGGAAGCAGCGGCUGCUGUCGGGCUGCCAGCCGGCCGGCGAGCACCACCCGCUGGCGCGCGGCUCGCGCCAGGCCGACCGCACCACCUGGAUGCUGGUCACCGUGCUGCUGCUGUUCCUCAUCACCGAGUUUCCGCAGGGCAUCCUGGCGCUGCUGUCGGGCAUCCUGCAGGACCGCUUCUUCCGCAGCUGCUACCUGCACGUCGGAGAGCUGCUCGACAUGCUGGCGCUCAUCAACUCGGCCGUCAACUUCCUGCUCUACUGCCUGAUGAACAAGCAGUUUCGGGUGGAGUUUCGGGCGCUGAUGUCGCUGCCGGCGCGCCCCUGUCGUCGCCGACGCACCCACACGGUCAACAAGCUGCGCCAGGCGUGCGUCACCGACACGACGUGCGUGUGAGCGCCGCCAGAGAGCCGCGGGCCGAGCACCCGGCGCACUCGUCCGAAACGCAGACUGGAGGACGGGCGUGGAGUGUUGAACUGGACUCUGAGCCGUGCGGUCGUCAGUGUCACAGGCUGCAACUAGCUCACAGUGGGUGAAAUCACAGGCUGUUUGCUGUGACCGAUGGUAGAACUCUGCAGGCUGUGAGCCGCACCUAGUUGUUCGAACUCCCUGUGUGUGCCACGCACACGCAUCUAUCGGCAUCACAAACUGUUGUGGCGAUCCUACACUACCAUCCAUAUAUGCUGCACAGUGUACGAACCAGACAGAAAUUUACAUUUGUGCGUAUUCGUGAGGCAGCAUUAUGUAAAUUUGAGCUGCUGUUGACUUUUCGGCUGGCGUUUCGAUAAAUACUUUCUGGCGUCGCCGUGGUAGGUGGGUGUAGUGCGUUCACUACAGCCGCCGGCCGCGUUUGAUGAAGUUUGACUUCACCUGCUUCGGCCAGAAUGUUAAUGUUGUGCCAAAUGUCGUCCGGAUGACACCUGGCUUUCGGCGCUGCCGCUACUUUUGAGAAAUCACGGCUCACGGCCGGACGGCGAUGGUCUUUCUGUGCGCCUGUGACCUUUCUUAAUUGGUCAUCAUUCGACGUAUGUAUGUGUGAGGGGCAUAUGACCGGUAGACGGCUUUACAGUGGCUGUUAUGUGUUGGUCGUUGUUGCUGUCAUGUUUUGAAUGGUAACUAGAAGUUCAAUACCUGCGCAAGAGUUGGCCAUACAGGUUCGGAUAGGAGCCAUUCGAAGGCAUUAUCCGUGGACUGGAAUGAUGCUUCAGAAAAUUAACUUCAAGAACUUAUGUGCAAGUAAAGCACAAUAUUGCUUGCGACUUUGCUUGAUGGGAAUGCGUCCUAUUUUCUUCAUAUCUUUAAAACAACUGCCGUGUAAAUUUCCGUUUUUCUAAAGGAACUUGCAAAAGCUUUUGUCCUAAAAGAAACUUGAGGGUAUUUAAACCAUUUCUGCUACUUUUCACUCCAAACUAGUUUACGUGUCAUACUAAAUACCAACAUUUGCAUCAAAGCAUGACCAAGUGCUGAGCCCUAACAGGUCAUGUGAGAUGAAAUGCACGCUCUUUAAUGUAACCAUAGUUAACAGGAGAUCUUCAUUUGUCUCCUGUCAUCUACGGUCGAUUGAGGCGUCAAUGAUGACGUUUUCUGUGCCAAACAAUGAACAGAUUUCUGCUUUACAUUUCUCCAUCCCUCCCGAAAGUAAACAUGACGACCGGAACAAGAGGCUUCCGCCAUAUAUCCAGUCAAAGAUAACACGAGGUGGCACGGUCGAUUGCGAUAUCCGGAAGAGAAACAAAAUAAGCAAGUUAACCGGGAAGUUCAUGCGAACUGCGUUUAGGUGUAACAAGUUUAUGUAGUUGUUUCAGUCAAAGCGAUACAGGAGCUCGUAAUUUGUGCACCACUUCUUGUAUAGUGUCAUCCACAAGCAGGAAAUUGUUUUCAAAGAUAUGUGUUUACGUUUCAACGCUCUAAAGAGUACCUAAUGAUGGCUUUUCAUGGCACUUUCGUGUGAUGUAGAGACAUGUCGAAUGAUGUAACAAAGCUCAGUGUAUAUUGUCGUACAACUGUUGCUGUUUCACGAAUACAAUUAUUUUAGACACAA